CGCUUUGUGUUGAGUACAAUAGUGAAUGGCAGUGGUUGUGUGUGUAGGGGACAGAAGUGGAAAGGCUGAAACUUUGAAAAUAAGAACUGUUAUGGUCAGUGUCUACAAUGACUGUGGCUCAUUGAUUUUGUCUCUCAGAGAGCAGUAUCUAUCACCCAAGGCUUUUGUUGUGAUUUGGUCGGAUCUCGCAGGCAGAAAUGAUAGCUCUGGAGCCAGCUGGAGGUGUGAGGAGAUCCCUGGAAUUCUUUCCAGCCCCAGCAGUUCGCAGAGUGGAGAUAGAGCGUAGCAGAGCUGGAUACGGAUUCACCGUGGUCGGCCAGGCGCCCUGUGUCCUGAGUGGAAUCAUGAAAGGAAGCCCAGCUCACGAUGCUGGCUUGAAGCCUGGUGACUGUAUUUUGAGUGUGAACGGCAUCGAUGUGUCACCAGCUUCACAUGAAACUGUCGUGGAGCUUAUCGGUUCAUCAUCACGAUCACUGAGUUUGCUUGUCUCAUCAGGAGACAGACAUUCAGCAAAUUUUGCCUCCAGUUCCCAAGGAAAGCAGAAAGAAAUGUGGUCAAAAUCAAGACAGGUAGAAUCUUAUAAAGAAGGUAGAGGUGAGUCAGUGCACAGUUUUAAUACUGUUUUGGAAAUUACAGGUCAGGCUUAUAAUAAUGCAUCAAAAAAACAGCCAAAACAGAGACCCAGAUCAGAACCAGAUAUGUCUUACUGGUCUUUUCGGUGUCUGUCAAAACACAACCCGUAUGUACUUGAUCAGGAGGAACCAUCUCGUGUUGUAAGUAAAGAUUCUGUUUUCUCAGACUUUCAAAGUCAGCAUGAUAUUUUACCUGACUCCAGCACUCUGAACGUGGGAAUGGUGGUGGGGUACAUAAACUCCACGGAACUGGAUCUAGUGAUUUCCCACUCUGAAGAGGAAACCUUACAAGCCAUACGAGAAUGUAUCACUCGAAUUGCGACUGAGCAGAAAACCCAUUACCUGGUGAUGAUGAAGGUCAAGUGUAAUUGUGUGCAACUUUGUGAUGACAGGGAUAUGGUUUUGGCUGCAUACCCUGCAGAGAACCUGGUUUUGUGUGCAACAUGUAUUGAAGAUAAUAGGUUUUUUGGUCUUGUCUCAAAGGAGGUAUUCAAAAACAACCCCCAAAAAGCAGAGCAAAGUACUUGCAUAAAGACGUUAUGUCAUGUAUUCAUCAUAGACCCAGAACUCUGUGAUCAUGAUGAGCAUAAAAGCAUCUCUGAUCACUUUGGCUUCUCAUGCACUGCUGACCCGGACACACAGGGUUGUCUGGAGUUUCCUCAGACUCCGUGUUCAAUGUUGAACUUUGUGUCAGUCCUCUACACUGACAUGGGAGACCAUAUUGAUAAACUGAGACUCAAACUGGAUACUGAGGAUUGUGACAAACAGUCAAGCACACGAAACAGUGGCAGUGGUGACAGUGGGAUUGGAAACGUCUCUCCAGAGGAUCAAGAAAGUUUUGCUGACCAGUGGAGUCUUGUAUCUCCAAACAGUUCCCAUACAACUUGGGAUAGACCAUCUCCAUGCAUCUCCCAGCGGAGCAAUGGACCAUCCCUAAGGCCGGAGCGUAGGUGCCUUCUGGCUGAGCCAUUCCCUGACCCUGCCACUCCACAAACGAAUCCGUCUAUUGGAAAAGAGAUUUCAGGUAGCAUGCCUUUAAAUUCUAUUUCUCAGUGUAAGCAAUCACAACUGCCUGGAAAUAAGACCAAACGUAGAGGAAGUCAGCGUUGGCCAUCUAUUAGUAUCCGGGCUCGCUGGCAGAAACCUCGACCUACCAGCAUUGACAGCCUGGCUGACAGCAUUACCAGUGGACCCAAAGCAAAAAACAGCACUUUACCACCUGCCAUGGAACAAAUCCCUCCACUGAGAUACAAAACCCGUGGUGACCUCGCAUAUGAUCUGACUUUGAAACUGUUUAGCAGUGGGUCCAAGAAUAAGGAUGGAGAAAACAAGGGCUACAGAUUUUGGGGUCUCGCUAGAGGACGCACAUCUGUUCGACAACCUUCAGCUCGCACCAACCGACUCAGUCUGGCUCGUUCGCUUGAUGACCUUGAGUCAGCGGCAUCAGAUGGUGAGCGAGGUAGUAUGGAGCGAUUUGGCUUUGGAAGCAUUAACAGUUUAGAAAGUAACAGCAGCCUGCCCAGUGUCAGCAACCAUCACACGCUCUCAGAACGCCGUGUCGCGGCAUGGGCCGUCUCCUUUGAGCGUUUGCUCCAGGACCCUGUUGGUGUGCGCUACUUUUCUGAGUUUCUGAAAAAGGAGUUUAGUGAAGAAAACAUUUUAUUCUGGCAGGCCUGUGAAUUCUUCAGCCAGGUUCCUGAACAUGACAAGAAGCAGCUUUCCCAGAAGGCCAGAGAGAUCUACAAUAGCUUCCUCUCCAGUAAGGCCACUACUCCAGUGAACAUUGACAGCCAGGCACAACUUGCAGACGAUGUCCUUACGGCACCGAGGCCUGAUAUGUUCAAGCAGCCACAGCUACAGAUCUUUAACCUGAUGAAGUUUGACAGUUACGCUCGGUUUCUGAAGUCCUCACUGUAUCAGGAGUGUAUGUUGGCUGAAGUGGAGGGUCGACCUCUCCCUGACCCCCACCAUGUGCCCUGUAGCCCCGCCCCCUCUAAGCACAGCUUUAUCUCCGAGCUCUCCACUUUCUCCACGCCAAAAAAGGACACACGGAAACCGAGGACAGGCAGGUCGAGUGAUGACCUAAGAGAUGAUCCUGACAGGAGAAAUGGCAUUUUCUCCUGGUACAGAAACAGGAGCUUUGGUAAAGGUCCGAAGAAACGGGAAAUAACAGAUUUCAAUUAUAACGGUAAUGGGCGGAGGGAGUCUCAGGGGUCUUUGUCUUCUGGUGCCAGUCAGGAGUUCAACACACCCUGCUCUACACUGAGAAAUGAGCAGAGGAACUCCACAUGGGACAGGGAUAAAAUAGGGGCGAACAGAUCAUGUACAGUAGCACUCCCUGAUGGCUCAAGCUGCUGUGUGUGUCUGAAGCAGGGUGCUUCCAUCAGACAAGUGCUGCUGGAGCUCUGUCAGAAACAAGGCAUCAACAUGGCCGCCGUCGAUCUCUUUCUCGUCGGGGGAGAGAAGCCACUGGUGUUGGACCAAGACAGCAUGACUCUCAGUUCAAGAGACCUACGAAUGGAGAAGCGUACUCUGUUCAGAUUGGAUCUGGUGCCUAUUAACAGAUCUGUGGGCCUGAAAGCCAAGCCGACCAAACCCGUAGCCGAGGUGCUGCGGCCUGUGGUCGCCAAGUACGGUCUGCGCCUUAACGACCUGGUGGCUAGAAUAAGCGAAGAGACUGAGCCUCUUGAUUUAGGAUUGCCCAUAUCAAACCUUGAUGGCUUGCGAGUUGUCCUAGAGCACUCUGAACCAAGCUCUUCUAAUGACAAGUCUAAGACGCUUCCCUCCAAAACACAGGGACCAUCAUUGACCAGCAGGGGGCAGUCAACACCGGGAGAUCACAGGCCCUCAGAGAAACCUGUGAAAGGGGAGAGAGGAGAUAAACCCCCAAUCAGCAAGACACCCCAAAAAAAGAAAGGCACCAAGAUUCAUCUGGAUGAUGCUGAAGAGUUCUUUGAGCUGCUGAGUCGUGCUCAGAGCAGCCGUGCCGAUGACCAGAGAGGCCUGCUGAGAAAAGAGGACCUGGUGCUCCCUGACUUUCUGCGUCUGAAACCUGAGCACAGUGCACCUCCAUCCUGUUCCACAUCCACUUCCCAAAAACCAGUUCACGACCCCAACCAGUUCCCAUCCGUUACCUCCAAUGGACAUGACCCCAAAGCUGAAGACGAGACUGAUGUGUUCUCCCCGCCUCUCUCCCCCAUCAUCCAUUCACAAGGCCCCCCAGGGCAGGAUGGAGAGGGACUGUGUGAUCUCACCCUGGUAGGUGAAGGAGACAUCAGCAGCCCCAACUGUACUCUACUGCCCUCUGUGCCAACCUGCCCACCUCCUAAUGAUGCUGACAUCACCCCUCCACCACUGCCUUCCGCCCACAGAAACCCCAGCUCAGGUGCAGUGGAUGAAAGCGAGACUCCAGCAAGCCACCAACAGGGAGAAACACCAGAACAGACAGAUUCACCGUCUUUUGAGCAAAAGACUGACGUGGAUGAUGUUCCUCAGGAUGAGAGCUUUGAGGGCUAUGCAGCUGAGCUUCGUCAGUGCCAGAGCAAAAUGAGGAAUGGAACUUACUCCUCUAUCCAUCCUCCACAUCCCUUCAACAACGUCUCAUACAGCAGCCAAAAUAACACAACGCAAUACAAAGCUACAUUUGUAUGAAAGAUACUUGAUAGAGAUUUUUUUUGGAAAUGUGCGAGAGUACAAAUGGUGAAUGAAUUGUACCUAUGUACAAAUGUAUGUAAUAUUUGUAAUGAUAAACAAUAACUUAUUGAACAAUAAAGUGAAAGCUGUGAUUUUCCAUUUUAGAAAUGAAUCAAAUAAAAAAUAAACAUGAUGUAACCUCUUUGGAUGUACAGUAGGCUGAAGGAUGAAGUUAUAGAUACAACUAAUGAAUCUGCUUCAAAUGUUAAACGAAAUCAAUGAAUGAAUAUUUGGGGAAUUGUCAAUAAAAGUGAUCAUGUCA